CGACAGAGAGCUUCUCAUUCCAGUUUGAGUUUCAACGACAGUCCAUUCAGAUCGCCUACCUCUCGUAUCCAACUAGUCCAAUAUGCCUCUCAUCAAUGAGUCCCAUGACUCUCUCCCUUAUAUCGAUGCGGAACCUUCCGCCCAGGCUCGAGCUAAUGCCCAGAAGCUCAUUGCCUCAGAGCUUCCUGCUGACUAUUCGUCAACAACUCAUCCUUUGAUCCCCGCUUUCCCCGAACCCCAGUUUUCCCCCCUCAUGCAGCAGGAGGUCGACCGGAAGGCUGCUGGAUUACCCUUGACCGGUGGAAUUGACCUUUCGCGCUAUGAGGCCCCUGAGCCACCUACCAGAUCAUCUGAAGCGGGACCGAAUGCGACUCCCAAUCUUGACGAGUGGCGCCAAGCCUUGCAGAAGGCCUACACGGCCAGUUCCCAUUUGUCCAUGAGGCGGGAUAAUCUGACGCUCCUGGAAGAGAAUGGCAAAAAUGCGUGGCUGAUUGGGAACUCUCAACUGGAGGAUGUCUUACGAGGACUUGAGAAGGAAUUGGCUGAAACCAAGGAAGCUGCGGAGACGGUGAACAAGCAAAGGAAGACCGCUCAAGAGUCUAGCAAAGGAGAGCUUGCGGGGUUGGAAGAAACAUGGAAAAGAGGCGUUGGUGCGAUUCUCGAUGUUGAGUUGGCUUCGGAGAAUCUGCGCAUGCAAAUUUUGGAGCAGCGACGUCAGCUUGCCCAACAGCACGCUCGGUAGUUGCGUUUCUUAGUCUACUUUGAGGAUUCCCUGCGGUUUCUGAUGCGGGGCCCGGAUGCGCCGGGCCCAGAGGCCACAUCAUAUUAUCACAGCCAAGCUACUCCUAUGUCCAGAUGGCCGAUUUUCCUCGACUUGGCCCUCCUUUUGCUUUAGGAUACUCAUACCCUUGCAUC